UUCAAACUUCUUCUCUUCCGUUUUCAAUUCAUUAUUCCUCUUUCAAUUCAAUUCCCAAAUUAACCAAUGAGUUUCCAAGAUCUUGAAGCCGGCGGUGUACGCCGACAAAACUUCUUCAAUUCAAAGCAAAAACAGCCCCAACAACAACAACUCCAAGACCCUUCUCACGCGGUGGCUGCUGCAAUUUUCCGUAUCAACACUGCUGUUUCCUCCUUCUCUCGCCUCGUUAAUUCCCUCGGAACCCCCAAAGAUACCCUCGAAUUGCGUGAUAAAUUGCACAAGACAAGGCUACAUAUUGGGCAACUGGUAAAAGACACUUCAAAUAAACUUAAGCAAGCGAGUGAAGCUGAUCACAACGUGGAAGUCAGUCCCAUUAAGAAGAUUGCUGAUGCUAAGCUUGCAAAAGAUUUCCAAUCAGUCCUUAAAGAAUUUCAGAAGGCUCAAAGGCUUGCAGCUGAGAGGGAAACUACAUACACACCUACUGUUUCCAAAGAAGUUCACCCAUCCAUCUACUCUGCCCAUGAGCCAGGGAUAAGUUCAUCAAGGAACUCAGAACAGCAAGUACUUCUUCUUGAAUCUAAAAGACAAGAAGUUGUACUACUGGACAAUGAGAUUGUAUACAAUGAAGCCAUUAUUGAAGAGAGAGAGCAAGGGAUUAAAGAGAUUCAGGAACAGAUUGGUGAGGUAAAUGAAAUAUUCAAAGAUUUAGCCAUGCUUGUACAUGAGCAAGGAGUUAUUAUUGAUGACAUUAGUUCUAAUAUUGAGAGCUCUCGCUCCGCAACUAUGCAAGGUACCUCUCAACUUGUGAAGGCAUCCAAGACUCAGAAGUCUAAUUCAUCUCUGAGUUGCUUGCUGCUAGUGAUUUUUGGGAUCAUUUUGCUUAUUGUAAUCAUAAUUGUCGUCGCUUAAGUCUCACCAAGAGUUGAUUCAACGCAUAGCCUUCUUGCCAUUUCCCCAGCAGUUUUCCUUCUUAAAACCUCCGGCCAUCCUGCUUAAUCCAAGGCAGCUGGAUAUGUUCAAUCAGAUGGCAUAUAAGCUAGUUAUUGUACAUAAGAAAAGCUGAAUAUGGUAAAGUAAUUUGUUUCAGAUGGUACUCAAAUCCUCAUUACAGUGCUUUUAAACCAAAUCAUGUAAAUGAUUUCCUCUUAUUGACAUCAAUAAAUUUGAAAAUUUCUGCGUCUUA